CGGAGAGAUGUAAACGUCUCCCGCCUCCUCCGCUCGCAGAGAACACCUGCAUCCGGGUCUUUUCUAUAGUUCUGCACUCUGUCACUAUGGUCAUGGCGGAGGGAACGGCAGUUUUAAGGAGGAACAGGCCUGGCACGAAAGCUCAGGAUUUUUACAACUGGCCUGAUGAAUCUUUUGAAGAGAUGGACAGUACGCUGGCAGUUCAGCAGUAUAUUCAACAAAAUAUAAGAACAGAUUGUUCCAACAUUGACAAAAUACUAGAGCCCCCUGAAGGUCAAGAUGAAGGUGUGUGGAAGUAUGAACAUCUUCGGCAAUUUUGUCUUGAGCUUAACGGUCUUGCUGUCAAACUGCAGACUGAAUGUCACCCUGAUACUUGCACUCAGAUGACUGCAACUGAACAAUGGAUAUUUCUUUGUGCAGCUCAUAAAACACCAAAGGAGUGCCCUGCUAUAGAUUACACAAGACACACGCUUGACGGUGCCGCAUGUCUUUUGAAUAGCAAUAAAUAUUUUCCAAGCAGAAGCCAGGAUGUCAGAUUUUCCACCCUACCUGGCUGCUGUGGUUCUUUUUAUGAAAAGUCCCUUGGAGUGCAGCCUUCAUUGGGGGUUAGCAUAAAGGAGUCUUCUGUUGCUAAAUUAGGAUCGGUGUGCCGUAGAAUUUAUAGAAUAUUUUCACACGCUUAUUUCCAUCAUCGCCAAAUAUUUGAUGAGUAUGAGAAUGAAACCUACUUGUGUCAUCGGUUCACCAAAUUUGUGAUGAAGUAUAAUCUAAUGUCCAAGGAUAAUCUGAUUGUUCCUAUUUUGGAAGAAGAAAUGCAAAGAUUGGUUGCUGGAGAAAGUGAAGCAUGAUGUUACAACUGUUCUGAGAAAUGUAUGAGUAUCGAGGAAACUAUUAACACUUCUGUACUGUAUAUAUAAUUUUAAAUCAGGGGUACUCAACAUCUUGCCCUCUAGUUUUUGCUUUAGCAAGACUUUGCUGUGGAUUCUAUGCUGGGUUAAUUCAGUUGCAACUGGUGUGCAAUAAGUUGACUGCUCCUGUUUUAGACCCUUCAAUCAUGUAUUGUUAUAAACUGUAUCUCCUUUUUGUUCUUGGUUUUUGUUGUAGUUUUUGCAUUGCCAUUUUAAAUUAGGAACUUCUUAAUUUAUUCAUUGGCUGUAUAUUCAUGGAUGUGGUCCUCUGGUUUUUAGGAAAUUAGCAGUUUCAUGCAGAAAAUAAAAUGGCUUUGAACUUGUAAACUGUAACUUUGCGUUAUGCUACACAAUCUGUUGACUGUAGUUAUUACUACAAUAUAUGACUGCAUCAACUGCUUUGAUAUGUUCUUGUUUCAUCAUUGCAUUAAAAUAUCUUGAGAAUGCAGGGUAUGUCACUGUAAAUUAUUUUUCAAGAUCUAUUUUUGUGCUGUUAAAAAAAAAAAAAAACAUUUUUACUGUUUUAUAGCAAUGCCCAUAUACAAAAUUGUGAUUACUUUGCAUAUCAAGUUUUUUUUUAUGCAUAAUUGUACUUUGCUGUAAGGUCUGAAACUGAAAAAUAAUAGUAUUUACAAUGUGGUGUCGGUCUGUAUUAUCUCCUGUCACCGAUUAACUGUUUGUCCCAUUAUUGUCACAGUUUGAACAUUUUAUUUUUCAAUUGCUGUGCUUAAUAUCUUAAAAUUGCGCUUUUGCACUACCAAACACAUGCUUACUGGCUAAUUGUUUAAUAAACAUAAGGUCUUAUUGCUUUUAUUUUAUUUA